AACUAGGCAGUCGCAGAGAAUCCCGUUGCGAUAGUAAAGGUAACUAGAAGGGGGGCCACUUGUUGGAGUGUCGCCGACAACGUAGAAGCUGGAAGUUUACUGAAUAUUGGUUAAAGUCAACCAAUAAUCAUGGCGAAUUAUCACAAACUUGAAGCCAAAACAGUAGACGAGUUAAAAGACAUCGCGAAUAAAAUAAGAAUUCAUUCUAUAACAUCAACACAAACAGCAAAAUCGGGUCACCCAACAUCAUGCUCUUCAAUAGCAGAAAUCCUAUCAGUACUAUUUUUCAAUACAAUGAGAUACAAAGUGUCAGAUCCAAGAGAUCCAUCAAGUGACAGAUUCGUUCUUUCCAAGGGGCAUGCUGCACCUGCUCUAUAUGCAGCUUGGGCAGAAGCCGGACUAUUUCCAGCAUCAGAUUUGAAAAAUUUGAGGAAAUUUGGAUCGGACCUAGAAGGGCACCCAACACCCCGUUUGAAUUUCAUCGAUGUAGGAACUGGUUCUUUGGGACAGGGUCUAGCAAUUGCCAAUGGUAUGGCUUAUGUCGGCAAAAAUUACGAUAAAGCAAAUUAUAGGGUGUAUUGUUUGAUUGGUGAUGGUGAAAGUGCAGAAGGUUCUAUCUGGGAAGCCCUAGCUUUCGCCAGUUACUACAAGCUGGACAAUCUAUGUGUUAUCUUUGAUGUCAACCGUCUGGGGCAAUCUGAACCAACAGCUUUGGGACACGAUAUGGAUACUUAUCGUAAACGACUGGAAGCAUUUGGCUUCAAUCCUAUAGUUGUGGAUGGUCACGAUAUCGAACAAAUCGUUAAAGCAUUCUACGUUGCCUCCAAUACCAAAGAAAAGCCAACAGCCUUGUUAGCAAAAACUUACAAAGGCAAAAAUUUCCCAAAAAUUGAAGAUUUGGAAAACUGGCAUGGAAAAGCUCUUGGGGAUCAAGCUGACAGAGUCAUUCAACAUUUACAAGGUCUUUUGAAGAAUCCAGGACCCUCCCAGAUCCAUCCUCUGAAACCGCUCAAGGAUGACGCACCAGCUGUAGACAUCACUAACAUAAAACUAGCCUCUCCUCCUUCUUACAAGAUUGGAGAACUGGUGGCCACAAGGAGCGCCUAUGGCUCAGCACUGGUGAAAAUCGCCAAAUCGAAUCCACGUGUCAUAGCUCUCGAUGGCGACAUGAAAAAUUCAACGUUUUCGGAAAAUCUGCGGAAGUAUGAUCCGACCAGGUAUAUCGAAUGCUUCAUUGCCGAGCAAAGUUUGGUUGGAACUGCAAUUGGAGCUGCAUGCAGAGAUAGAACGGUACCAUUCAUUUCCACUUUCGCCACCUUUUUCACAAGAGCAUUCGACCAGCUUCGUAUGGGAGCUAUAUCUCAAAGCAAUAUAAAUGUAGUUGGGAGUCAUUGCGGUGUGAGCAUAGGAGAAGAUGGUCCAAGUCAGAUGGGACUUGAGGAUUUGGCCAUGUUCAGAAGCAUACCAGGAUGUACAGUAUUCUAUCCAGGAGAUGCUGUGGCUACUGAAAGGGCUAUCGAAUUGGCUGCGAACACCAAGGGAAUUACGUUCACAAGAGUGAGCCGACCAGCUACCCCUGUACUUUAUUCAAACGAUCAGGUGUUCCAGAUUGGAAAAGCUUUGAUACACAGAAAGUCAAACAAAGAUCAAGUUCUCAUCAUUGGAGCUGGAGUAACCUUACAUGAAGCUCUGAAUGCAUCAAUUGAAUUGGCUAAAGGAGGAAUUGGAGCUAGAGUAAUGGACCCAUUCACCAUAAAACCCAUUGACAAGGAUGGAAUUAUCAAGAACGCUAAAGAAUGCGGUGGGCUAAUCAUUGUGGUGGAAGAUCAUUAUCCAGAAGGAGGUUUAGGUGAAGCCGUGCUAUCUGCUGUUGCCUUGGAAAAGAAUAUCAUCGUGAAACAUCUUGCGGUGCAAGAAGUACCCAGAUCUGGACCUCCGAAUGUACUUAUCGAUCAUUACGGCCUUUCUGCUAAGAAGAUAAUCGAUGCCGCCAGAGAACUGAUCAAAUUGUUUUAAAUUCCCCACUUAGAAUUUUCUUGAAAAUAUUCAUACAUUCCAGAUACAAUGUGGUAAUUUUUAGCAGAGUUCUAUUUUUUUGAAUUGAUAUUUGUUAAUUAUGUAUACUGUUUAUUGACAAUAAAUUAUAAAAUGAGUUGUACUGGAA